AUGGCAUCUGAGGCCGCGAACCCAAGCGGAUUGACAGACUCUUUUCAGCUUGCAGGCAGCGUGGUCGUUGCUGUCGCCUUUCUCUUGCAUCAAGGACUAGCUGUCUUGCUGGAGCGACACCCGGAGUCCAAGCAGACGACGAUUCUCUUCUCCUUUGCCGGUUCGCUGUGGCUCUGGCUGUUGUGCCUUCUCUUGUCCAUGGCAGCGACUCGCCUUGCUGAAGAAGAGUUUUACGAGGAGCCCUUUGCAGCUCUCUGGAUUUCUGUUCUGCUCGCAGUCGCAGCUUUCUUCUCGCGAUUGCCGCCGCUGAUAUUUGCACUGGUUGCGCAGAUUGCAGCACUGCAGCACCUGGCACUGGGCCUAUGGCUGCCGUGUGAGAUCUGCGGGAGCUGGCGCUUGCAAGCGCGAGGGCCUGGAGGCUUGCUUUUGGGCCUGAAUGGGCCAUGGCUUCCCGGACUGCUGCUGGCGCUGCUGAACGCCGCGCUGAGUGCACUGCAGUGGAGGCGCCACAGCGAGCUUUGCACCUACGCUGCCAUCGUGAAGCUGCAGAACCUCCAGGAGUCGAUGCCAUCCCUCCGCGUGGCCACCAGCGCAGACCAGGCAGUCGCCUAUUCGGAGGCACAGAGGCGGCAUUUUGAGCGGGCCUUUGAAGCUUUGCAGCGAUCUCCCUGGGCCUCGGCCCAG